UGAGCGCAAGUAUUGGGGGGGACAUGCGUUUUCCACAUACACACAAUGCCAAGGACGACGCCCUGGUCCAAGACCACCUACGGAUCAUCAUCGACUGCAGGAGAGGGACGGCUAACCGACUGACACGAUCCGUUUCGGAAUGGAAACAAAGCUGAAGAAGAGACAAGAUGGGGACAGGUGGAAUCCCAGUUCUGAUGUGCACCUCUAGUCUCAGUCAUAAAACAUGAUGUUACGGAGAAUUCCAUAAGGUCUUCAACAUCUAGAAAGAAACCAUGAAGAGAAGAAAAGGCUUGGGAAAGAGCAAAGGAUGGUGUGACCUUCCUGAAACCCUUUUCACUCUACAGCUUGAGACUGAAUGCCAGAGCAGAAAUCCAAUCAUCGAAAACCCUCUUCUUCACCCAGCAAUAAGCGUCUGAGCGGAAAGCCAAAGUAAAGCAAGAAGGACGGUGUGGCUGUCCAGAAUGUCUUUUUACUCAGAGGAAAUGUUUAUCUAAAGCCCAGAUAUACAGUAGUCAGCAUCAACAAGGAAUCACCAUGGGCCAUCCACAGCUUGCCAAACCUCCACUGUUUGCAUUUGUGGAGCGUCCGGUGGAGCCCCCAGUCCAUUCUCUGAGGGUCAGGAGUUCAGUAGUUCAGCUCUGCCAGCCUACAUCUCUGCUCGAUACAGGACAAAGGAUGAGGAGGGCCAAAAGGAAAAAAGAGAGACUCAUCGCUCCUUGACUUCGUUCGCUCCUGAGAAGUGAUCCAAGGCGCGUGGAGAGGAAACGGAGCCAUGAGUCGCGCGCUCACUGAGCCCGUGACCACCAGCUUCCGGGAAGACGCGCCCCGUCCACCGGUACCGGGAGAAGAGGGUGAAGAGGACGCGCCGUCUUCGUUGUCGUUGCGUUGUGAUCCGUCCGCGUAUAUGAAAAUCAAGAACGCGGUGAAAACGCCGCGCGCGCCGCGAAGAGAUGAGGAUGGCCUGGGUGAGCCGGAAGGGAGCGCGUCCCCAGACUCGCCGCUCGCACGGUGGACCAAGUCCCUGCGCUCACUGCUGGCCGACCAGGACGGCGCGCACCUGUUCCGGACUUUCUUGGAGCGCGAGCGUUGCGAGGAUGCGCUUGACUUCUGGUUUGCCUGCAACGGCUUUCGGCAGAUGGACCUGCAGGACGCUAAGACGCGCCGAGUGGCGCGAGCAAUAUACAAGCGCUAUGUAGAGGGUCGCGGCGUGGUGGCCGAGCACCUGCGAGCGGCGACGCGCGCGUGCAUUCGAGAGAGUGUCAAGAAGCAGCGGAUCGAACUGCGCAUGUUCGACCAGGCCCAGACUGAGAUUGAGGGCGGCCUGGAGGACAGCGCCUACCGCGCCUUUCUCACCUCGGACAUCUACCUGGACUACGUGCGCUCCGGCGGCGAGAACGCGGCGUGCGCCGGCCACGCCCACGCGCAUGGCGGCCUGGCGAGCCUCGAGCUCGUGUGCGGCUACCUGCCGCCGCUAAUAGAGGACAAGGAGUGGAGCUGCGGUGAGCUAAAGGCCAAAGCGCUGGCAGCUGUGGUCGGGCUUUCUGCUGAGACGCUGCGCGCCACCAUGACGCUGCGCACGGCAGACUGCAGGGCUCAGAAACGAGGAGACCCGGCCAGUCCGUAUUUCGUGAACUCUGGUCACGUGGUAGCUCCAGCUAGCAGCGCUAAUGACAGCGAGGUGUCCAGCGACGCCACCACUGAUGACUCCAUGUCCAUGACUGACAGCAGUGUGGACGGGAUACCACCGUACAAGCUGGGCACGAAGAAACAGCUACAGCGGGAGAUGCACCGGAGUGUCAAGAUCAACGGACAAGUUUCACUCCCCCACUUUCCCAGGACCCAGCGAUUGCCGAGAGAGAUGGCUCCGGUGAAGCCGUCUGCAUUCGCUGCAGAGUUGAUUGCCCGUCUGGAGAAACUGAAGCGUGAACAGGACACUCUCAGCUCCCUGGAGGAACGAUUGCAGCAGAUACAGGAGGAAGAAGAACGAGAUGACAGUGAAUUAGCUGUCGUCAUCCCACAGCAGCCUCCUGCCUCUCUCAACCUCAUCUCUUCGGGAUUGUGCGACGAAGACCCUCAAGCCAUCCUGGAUGAACACUUAUCGAGAGUCCUAAAAACCCCAGGGUGCCAGUCUCCUGGCGUACCAGGCUACUCGCCUCGCUCCCGUUCACCAGACCAUCACCAUCAGCAAGGCUCCUCCCCCAGUCUCUUACCUAGCAUGCACUGUUCUAUCCCAUCUAAGACACCUAUGAUGACUACCCAGCCCUCCACCAAGCACAUCCAUCACCACUACAUCCACCACCACCACUCGGCUUCACCCAAGAGCAGGGAGGAGAUGGAGGUCGAGGCCGCGCACCGUGUGGCGCAGUGUUUAGGCUCAUCCGGGUCAGAUUACUGUUACCCAAGAUGCCACAACUCAGCUGAUUUUCAACAAGGACGUCCCAGCACAUUAUCUAAGCGUCCUAGUAAUAUUAGUGAUGGAAUGAGUGGUUGCAAGUCAAGCGAGGAGGAAAGCAACUCACCUCUGCUCCCCACAGACGGUCUGGUCCGAUCUCACAAUGUGUGGCAGUGGAUCUUGGAAAGCGAGAGGCAGAACAAGCACAAACCUCACAGUUCUCAAGGCCUGAAGAAGAUGCAUCCAAGCGACUUGUCCUCAAAGACACCCUUAUGGGGUGGUGGAGGAGUAGGUGGUCAUGCUCGAGCACACCAUCCAGGUCACCCGUUCAUUCAGGAUCCCACUAUGCCACCUCUAUCCCCACCCAAUACCCUCACCCAGCUUGAAGAAGCCUGCCGAAGACUGGAAGAAGCCUCCAAGCCCACUAAACAAAGACACUCAGCGUCCAGCCUGCAGAGAGAGAGAGUGCAUCCUUCACUUUUCACCAACAGCAGCUCGACUCUUAUCAACCCUGCUCUGCAGAUGGAUGAGUGGAAAGAGCAACGGCGGCUGAGUGCUGGACACUCCAUCACCCACUCUGGCACGGAGCUGGUGGUCACCUACUUCUUCUGCGGCGAGGAGAUCCCGUACCGCAGACUCAUGAAGACCCACAGUCUCACUCUCGGCCAUUUCAAAGAACAACUCCGCAAGAAAGGCAACUACAGGUACUACUUUAAGAAGGCGAGUGAUGAGUUUGAGUGCGGUGCUGUGUUCGAGGAGAUCUGGGAGGAUGGCACGGUGUUGCCCAUGUACGAAGGAAAGAUCCUGGGAAAAGUCGAGCGCAUGGACUGAGCACAUCCAGCCAUCCGAUUACUGUACGCCUUUUAACAGUUACCAAGCGCUGGGAUAAUAAACGAACUUCCAUUAUCCAAACACGCUGCCACCAGGAACUUCACAUACACGGCUAGCCGUUUAUCAGACAAGAGGCAAGACAGACUCCUUUGGCACAAAGCAACCUUUUUAAUGCUACCUAGAGUUAAUAUAUUUGG